GGCCGCCCGCAGCCCAUGGCCACCGCCGCCAAGCCCGCCGACCCCGCCCCGGCCGAUCCGCCCGCCGACGACCCCAUGGACACGGAGGAGCACGAGGAGGAGCCGGCGUCCGCGGAGGAGCACGAGGAGGAGGAGCAGCCGCAGAAGAAGCGGGCCAAGGGGAAGAGGAAGAGGGCGCCGGCCACCCCCGCCACCGGCAGGCCGUCCAGGGAGCGCAAGACGGUCGAGCGCUACUCCGAGCUCACCCCGCGCUCCACCCCCGCCAAGAAGUCCGCCUCCAUUCUCCAGGGCUCUGGGACCAAGCUCAAGGACAUCCCCAACGUUUUUUUCAAACUAACCAAGAGAAAGGCGGAUGACAAUCUGCAGAGUCUCCAUUCUUUAUUGUAUGGGAGAAAAUCAACUGCCCAUUUCUUGAAAAGAAACUUAUCCCAGUUUUCUGGUUAUGUUUGGACUGACAAUCCGGAAAAGCAAAGGAGCAAGAUAAAAGAUAAGCUUGACAAGAUGAACAAGGAGAAGUUGCUAGAUUUUUGUGAUAUACUCGAUGUUCAGGCCAAAAGUACUGCAAAGAAGGAGGAAGUUUCUGCCAAAUUGCUUGAGUUUCUGGAGUCUCCUUGCAUUACCAGAGCUGUUGUUAUCAGUGCUGUGAAGAAAGGGAAGAAGCGCCGCAUGAAGUCUAAAGGAACUAGCAAGGCAACAGCUGAAGGUGGAGAGAAGAAAAAGAGGAAGAGUCAGAAACAAGCAGUUGAGGCUGAAAAAGAGGACGAUGAUGAAGAUGGUGCUGGUCCUGCUGAUUCCGAGGACUUGUCAAUGGGAGGAAGUGAUGAGGAUGCUGAAGUGAAAGAAGAUGCCAAGAGUGAUGAAGAGCCUGAAGUGACACCAGUUAAGAAAAAGUCAAAAGAUGAUAAACAAGGGAAUAAGGAAGCUGGAUCCAAGGCAAAGGAAAAGGAUGCAUCGGUAAAGAAGACUCCUACUAAAUCUGUAAAAAGUGUGUCAAAGCCAGAUGUGGAGUUGGAGAACAAAAAGGCUGUCAAGAGAACACCAAAGAAUUCAACAAAGCAAAGCAAAACACCUGUGGACAAGGCCAAGAAGAAGGUUGCAAAACCUAAAAAGGAUGAUGGAAAAGAGAGCCAAAACAACAGUAAGGCACGCAAGAAGCCAGGUCCCAAGGCAACCGGUGAAAAUAAAGGAAAAGGCAAGGUGGCCCCAACCACUAAACAGUUGCAUGCUGUUGUUAGUAACAUAUUGAAAGAAGUGGACUUCAAUACGGCAACUCUGGCUGACAUUCUCAAGAAAUUAGGAGACCACUUUGACAUGGACCUCAUGGAUAGGAAGUCGGAGGUGAAGCGCAUCAUAGAGGAAGUGAUCAACAGCAUGUCCGAUGAUGAAGGCGAGGAAGAAAACGAGGAAGAGGAUGCAGAAGAGAAUGGCAGGAAGGAAGAAGACUCAAAGGAGGAUCCUGAUGAAGAGAAGGAUGAGAAAUAAGCUGAGCUGGCCUGACGAGAUGUGAUAUCCUGUAUUUGUCGAGUGUUCUUCUUGGUUGCUGGCGCUGUUUUUCGCCUGUACAAUGAUGGCACCGCAACAACCAUUUUGGUGGCCUGGGCAGUGCUAGAAUGUUUGUUAACCAUUUGGUGGCCCUGCAUGCCUGGUUGUUGUGCUUGACUCGGUGUUAUUGACCUGUAGUCUCUUAGUUGCUGGUCAUGUACAAUAGCUGUUUGGUCAUAUGACUAUGUUUCUUUCUUAGGUAGCUAGCCCUGACUGUAAUUUGCAGCAUGCAUACUUAUCCUUGUUCUGUUCCUUGCAUUUUAUCCAUGUAAAACAGUUGUAUUCUUGUGGA